GAUGCGUUUUCUUAGCCAAGAACUCAAACUUGUGAUAUUUCUUUUGAUUCUCAUCAUCUCUGCAUUUUCUGAAUUGGCUCAGACAUAAUUUCUUCGGUGACUUCCAUGGCUCCGCCUGUCUCUGAUGAUUCCCUACAGCCUCGAGGUUCUUUCUGUUUCUCCUUCUUCUUUUUGUUCUGUUUCAGUUUCUACUGUUUUCUGGUUGGAUCAUGUAUUUAUCCUUUGAUCCAGCAGUAAUGGCUACUUACAGUUCAGUUCCGGUGUGUGCAGAUGUUUGUGUUGUGGGAGUGGCGCGAACGCCUAUAGGGGACUUCCUUGGCUCCCUCUCGUCUUUGACUGCUACAAGACUUGGGUCCAUAGCCAUCCAAGCCGCACUUAAGAGAGCACAUGUUGAUCCGGCCCUUGUGGAAGAGGUCUUCUUUGGCAAUGUCUUAACUGCCAAUCUUGGGCAAGCACCAGCAAGACAGGCUGCACUUGGUGCUGGGAUUCCCUAUUCUGUGAUCUGCACCACUAUCAACAAAGUUUGUGCUGCAGGAAUGAAAUCUGUAAUGCUAGCGUCUCAAAGUAUCCAGCUCGGCUUGAAUGAUAUUGUUGUUGCUGGUGGGAUGGAGAGCAUGUCAAACGUACCUAAGUACCUCCCGGACGCAAGAAGGGGUUCUCGAUUAGGUCAUGAUACUGUUGUUGAUGGUAUGAUGAAAGAUGGACUUUGGGAUGUCUAUAAUGACUUUGGAAUGGGAGUUUGUGGAGAAAUAUGCGCUGACCAGUACCGUAUUACAAGAGAAGAACAGGAUGCUUAUGCUAUCCAGAGCUUUGAGCGUGGUAUUGCUGCGCAAAACACUCAGUUGUUCGCUUGGGAAAUUGUUCCGGUCGAAGUUUCCACUGGAAGAGGGAGGCCUUCAGUUGUUAUUGACAAGGAUGAAGGAUUGGGGAAGUUUGAUGCAGCCAAGUUAAAAAAGCUUAGACCAAGUUUCAAGGAGGAUGGGGGAUCAGUCACUGCUGGAAAUGCAUCAAGCAUAAGUGAUGGUGCGGCAGCGUUAGUGCUAGUGAGUGGAGAGAAGGCUCUUGAGCUUGGACUGCAUGUUAUCGCUAAGAUUAGAGGAUACGCUGAUGCUGCUCAGGCACCAGAGUUAUUCACAACCACGCCAGCUCUUGCUAUUCCUAAAGCUAUAAAGCGGGCUGGUUUGGAUGCAUCUCAAGUGGAUUAUUAUGAAAUAAACGAAGCAUUUUCUGUGGUAGCUCUAGCCAAUCAGAAACUACUGGGAUUAGAUCCUGAACGGCUCAAUGCGCAUGGAGGGGCUGUUUCACUGGGACAUCCAUUGGGCUGUAGCGGUGCUCGUAUCUUGGUCACAUUAUUGGGGGUGUUGAGAGCAAAGAAGGGAAAGUAUGGAGUGGCAUCAAUAUGCAACGGAGGAGGAGGAGCAUCAGCACUUGUCCUUGAGUUCAUGUAAGCCCCCUCUUUAACUCUGGUCGGAGAAGACAAUCGGAUAUUCGGCACUCUGAAGCUAAGAGCUGUUGUUUUAUAACGCAAAGCUUAUGUAUAUGGUUCAUGUGUGUGUCACAAGACUGUAACUUUGUACUUGAGAGAGAUGCAAUAAAAGUGUGUUAGAAAAUGAGCGGUAGAUUUCCCAAGACAAGUGUGCAAUAGCUGUUUCCUAAACUGUUGUUGUUCAGCCAAAGAGCAGAUCAAACACCAAAAACACAGAUGCUUAGGGAAAUGAGAGGUAGAUUUCCCACAAAUAAAUUUGCUACAUUAGAGGAUCAAAUAAUACUAUACAUAAAACC